GAUACUUAAACGAGAGUUGAGUUGAUAUCUUAAUAUCUGUUUAAUAAUCUGCUAAAUUGAUGAAUCUCUAUCACGGUGCAAAAGGAACACUAAUGCCAUUUUUUUUUACAGAUAUUUGGUUACAUGGAGUUGAGUAUCCUUCUGCUGUAGUGCCCAUGAUAAACAUCGUGAAGUUCGUAGAGCACAGAGUACCUUUUCGAUUAAGUGGAAAGCGCCCAAUUGUAGAAAUGGUUUAGAAAGCAAUCAUUCAAGAAUGUCUACACAAAAUUUAACUCGUGAAAUAUUUCACGUGAAGGGUUACAACAAUCGUAGCAAUAACGUUAUUUAUAGUCCUCCUACAAACAAUGUAUCUGAUAGUAUUGUCGUUUAUUUUGGAGGUGAUAUACAAAAUUUUAAUGAAAAUAUGAUGAAAAAUGAAACAUUAGAAAAAUAUAUCAAAUGGAGUUUAAAUAAUAUUGCGCUUUUGUUACGGCAAACGUUUUGUAAUUCUCAUAUUAUUGUUGUACAACCGUGUAGAAUCGUGCAGACAUUCAGCUGCUUUGAUAAUUUUGUGAAAAGUACUAGUAACACGGGCAAUCCGUUUCAUUUACCUACACAUGGUGGUCUAGAACAUUUGCAAGGGUUGAUUAAAAACGUAUUAUUGAAUAAGAGUAUUGAAGGUGAUGAUAAAGAUUCGCUGAAUGCUUUUGAAGACUUAAGUAUAAAACUUAUAGGUUUUAGUAAAGGCUGUGUUGUUUUAAAUCAAUUUUUAUACGAAUUUUAUUACUGGAUGGAAAAAGGUGGAAAUAAUGAUAUCAUAAAUUUUAUAAAACAAAUUACAGACAUGUAUUGGUUAGAUGGUGGUCAUAAUGGUGGUCAAAAUGUUUGGAUUACAACUGACGAAUUGUUGCAAACGCUUAUAUUAUUAGGUAUUAAGGUUCAUGCACAUGUCACACCAUAUCAAGUCCGUGACAAACGACGCCCACAUAUUGGAACCGAAGAAGCAAUAUUUUCAAAGUUUCUUGCUGACAAUGGUGGACAAAUACAUAGAGUUUUACACUUUGGUGAUGAGGAGCCUAGUGUAGAUAAUCAUUUUAAAGUAAUUACUGAAACAUUUAAUAGUGUUAAUAAUUCUACUUAAAUUCAAUAAAGAAAUUAAACCAAAA